UAUUAUCUUAAUAAAAUUAUACAAUAAAAUUGAAAAAAAGGAAAAAACUAUAAACAGUAGGAUUCAAAUACCGAAACGCAACUCACUUCAACGAAAGCUCAAGCAACUCAGCCGUUCCUCUUGGUGGAGUAAGAAAAAUCUGUGAGCUGCAAGUGAUGAGCAAGAAGAAGAAUCCUUUAGUAUUCUUGGAUGUUUCAAUUGAUGGGGAACCAGUUCAAAGAAUUGUCAUAGAACUCUUCGCUAAUGUUGUUCCUAAAACUGCAGACAAUUUCAGGGCACUCUGUACAGGUGAAAAGGGGAUUGGGAAGACUACAGAGAAGCCUCUUCACUACAAAGGAACGUUUUUUCAUCGAAUUAUUAAAGGGUUCAUGGCUCAAGGUGGUGAUUUUUCACGGGGAAAUGGGACCGGUGGUGAAAGUGUUUAUGGAGGAAAAUUUUCAGAUGAGAACUUCAGGCUAAAACAUGAUGGACCUGGCAUGCUGUCCAUGGCAAACAGCGGUCCAAACACUAAUGGAUCUCAAUUCUUUAUAACGUUUAAGCCCCAACCUCACCUUGACGGGAAACACGUUGUCUUUGGAAAAGUAGUGAUGGGAAUGGAUGUUUUAAAGAAAAUUGAGCAGAUUGGAACAGCUGAUGGGAAACCUGGACAACCUGUGAAAAUUGUAGACUGUGGUGAACCAUCAGAUAUUAAGGAUGAAGCUGUGGUAAAAAAGGAAAAAGAGAAAAAGAAAAAGUCGAAGAAGAUUACAUCUUCAGAAUCUAGUUCUGAUGACCAAAUGAGAGGCAGACAGAAGAAGUCCUCCAAGGACCGGAAAAAAAAGAGGAGGAGAUACUCUUCAUCUGAUUCAUACAGCUCUGAUACUGAAUCUGAUUCAUAUUCUUCAGAUUCAGACUCAUCACUUUCUGAUUCUAGUUCCUCGAGUGAUGGAAAGUACAGGAAGAGGAGAUCCAAGAAGACAGCAAAGCCCCAGCGUGGAAGGAAAAGAAAAGGCCGAAAAAGAGAGAAAAGAGGCCGACUAGGAAAGCGUUCAAAGCGCAAGGCUAAAUGGAGUUCUGGGAGUUCAACUGACACAGGGAGUGAGAGUACAAGUGAUAGCAGUAGUAGUUCUGAUGAUGAAAGAGUUGAUCAUCAUGCGGCUACUCGUAAAAUUAAAGAUUCUAAGCAUUCUGAGGCUAAAUCAAAAGGAAUUAUCGAUGAGAAGGAAUUCUUUAAUCCUGUUAAUGAGACCACUGUGGACAAACAGAAAAAUCAGGACGUUAAUUUAUUACAGGAAGAAGGUGAGCUGUCCCCAAAGCAUGAUGAUAUUCUGAACAAUAAUCAUAAAACUGAAACUGAGAAACUUGAGAGAUCUGCUAAUCAACGUCCCAUUUCAGAUGGCUCUAACUUCUCCAGGAGCCCUACUCCUGAAAGGCCAAGAAACAGCCCCAGGAGCAAUCUUACCAAAAAUUCUGGGAUGAAGUAUGAUGAGCGGAAUAGGAGAAUGCCCUCUCGGAGCCCUGUUCAUAGUCCUGUUAGAAAAGCUCCCGAUCCUUCUGCUUCAAAUCAUGGUCAAACUUCAUCAAGAAGCCAUUCUCCAAAUGGCACUCCAAAACGUGUUAGGAAGGGGCGUGGUUUUACUGAGCAGUACUCGUUUGUGCGUCGUUACCGUACUCCAUCACCCGGACGUCCUCGUAGUUAUGGUGGUAGAAAUAUUUAUGGAAGAAGUCGAAAUGGGUAUUCAAGCUACAGAAACAAACGCGAUUGGUCACCUGAUAGGCGAUACCGGAGCCCACCUCGAGGCAGGAGCCCUCCAAGGUUGAAUGAUUUAAACAUAAUAAUGUUUAGUCAAAGAGGAAGCUACAAAUUUAGUCAAGUUCCAGAAAUCCCUUUUUCUUUUUCUGUCUGAAAUUAUCCUCCAUUCUAUCUAAUCUCCAAAAGCAAUGCCUUCAAACCAUCCACUCAUCCAAAGAAUUCUGGGCUGCUUCUUAAGACUGUCCAGCCGUUCACAAAAUAAUUGAGCAAUGUUUUCUAUGAAAGGAGCACCAGGAAUACUAUAAAAGAAUCUCUCCAUGAAAGGAACACCCAUCCUCCCAAACAACGAACAGAACUACCAUACUCUCAGGGUCAGGGCAGGGGCUAAUCCACCAAAAUUUUACAUUUGAUUGUAUAAUUUCAAUGGUUUUUAUUAAAGCCAUCUUUAAUUCUGCAUACUAACUGUGAUGACUUACACCAUGUAUGCUCCUGAUCUCCGAAUGCCAAAGAGAAUUGCUUCAAGUGGAAACUUCACAACUGUUUCGUCAACAUUGCUUGGUUCUUCGACCUAAAAUUCCCUAGACCCAAGCCCCCAUUUUCCAGUGGGCAGACAAUUCACACUUGACUUGAUGACUGCGUCCACCUUUCUAAUUUUGGGGAUUCCUUGCAACCUUUCAAGUUAUUAUGAAGAUUUACCAAAAAUACAACUGAAUACUUUCUAUUUUUAACACAUAUUUUGCCCGCUUUACCUUCCAUCUUUCGUUUUUCAAUCUUGAUUGUUUUACAUAAAAUCCUCCCAAGUACUAGGUUCCAGAAAGCCAAUACAAUAGACUCCCUCCCGAGGGAAAACCUUGAAACACCAAUGUGAAAUUUGUGCCGGCUAGAUCAGUAAAAGCUUGCAUGAGAUCCUUCUGGCUUCCUUUGGAUUCACUUUAAAAUACUUAAUAAAUGAGAUUUUCCAGUUUAUUUUCAGACCAAAAACUUUCAUGAAGGUCUCCAUUACUGGCCUCAAAUGUUUCCAACUCUAUGUCGUGGCAGUCACAAAACUAGAAGAAGAUGGUUUACCAUUACAUUCUCUUUUCCAACCUGAGAUCCUAAGGAAGACCCAAAACUACGUAUCUCUGCAGCAUCCUACAAAUUCACCUUGCCUUAGCAACUCUGCCUCUAGGCCACCUAGAUGAGAGUUUUGAGAGCUGCCUCUACACUGCAACUUCUUAUCCAUUGAAUCCCUUGAAUUAAAUCCCAAAUGUUUUUUUUUUGGGCAUUUAACAUAUUUAUAAAAAUAUUGUUAUUGUAGUUAGUAUUAUCUAUCGAUAACUGUACGAAUGGAUUGUUGUAUUAUUAGAGAAAGUUAACUUUUGUUGCAUUUAGUAGACAGCCGUUUCCUCAUCUUUAUAG